CCCGGCGCCGCCGCCCGCUGCUCCGCAGUCUAUGCUGCCCAGUUACAGGCGACAGACAGUUCGGAGUCCGGAUAGGAAGAACUACUGCUGUUCUCUGGCAUUGCUAUGGCUGCUUCUGUUGGGUCAGGACUGAAGGAGAAGGUGGCACUCAUCACAGGUGCCACCUCUGGCAUAGGGCGGGAGUGUGCCAUUGAGCUGGCCAAGGAGGGCUGCUACGUGACCAUCAGCGGCCGCAACACUGCCGCCCUGGAGGAGGUGUCCAAGGUGUGCCAGGAAGCAGGUCUCCCUCAGGAUAAGGUGCUGAGUGUGACGGCAGAUUUGUGCAAGGAUGAGGACUGUGAGCUUGUGGUGUCUGCCACUGUAUUUCACUUUGGACGGCUUGAUGUCUUAGUUAACAGUGCUGGCACUCUGGUUCCUGGUGGCAUAGAGAAAAUCACAAUGGAAGAUUAUGACCAGCAGAUGAACAUGAAUACACGGUCGGUAUUCCUGCUGAUGAAGCUGGUACUACCUCAUAUUCUGAAGACCAAAGGAAACAUUGUCAACAUAUCCUCAGUAACUGGACUCAGAGCAUUCCCAGAUGUGGUGGCAUACAACAUGAGUAAGGCAGCACUGGACCAGCUGACACGCACAGUGGCCCUGGAGGUGGCCAGCCGGGGGGUGAGGGUCAAUGCCGUCAAUCCUGGCGUCAUCAUCACCGAAGUACAUAAGCGGGCCGGCAUGACUGAUGAAAGCUAUGCCAAGUUUCUGGAACACAGCAAGACAACACAUGCCAUGGGACGUGUGGGAGAGGCCUGGGAGGUUGCCCGAGCUGUGGUGUUCCUUGCCUCGGAAAACGCUGCCUUCAUCACAGGCACCACACUACCCAUUGACGGCGGGCGCUCUGUGAUGUGCCCGCGCUAACAUGUUCCUGGAUUGUUUCAUUGCUGUGAGUCCCAAUGGCCUGGAUAUUUCAUUUUCACUUGUUGGCACGUGUUUCCUGCACAUGUAAUUUCGACCUUCACAGUUAAUAUGCAUGUGGGCAGCUCUAGGACAUCUAUCUAUCAGGCUGGCAAUCCCUUGGGAGGUGGCUUGGACAAAGCACCUUAUACACACAUCAUUUACACGCUUAGCCCUGUUGUCCCCUGGUGGAAGGGGAUAGUCUAGUGGACCACCCUUCUACUCGCGGAAAUUAGGCAAAGCAUAGCUAGCCAUAUACUACUUUUAGGACAUAGCCACAUCAGAUCUGUUGUUAGGGUUUCCUCUGGAUAUGCACUUCUUUGAUAUGCUCAGACUGCAUGAUACUCACCUGUUUUCUCCCCAAGACACUCAAGUUAAUAGAAAAUUCUGUGAUAUGCAUGUUACACACACACACACACACACACACACACACACACACACACACACACACACACACACACACACACACACACACACACACACACACACACACACACACACACACACACACUGGGUUAGUGGUCUCACAAUCAAUAUUCUGAAUGCAUGGUAGAGGUUGUCAAUAGAUAUAGACUUAACAAUCAGAGCACUGUGAAAUGUGGCUGCAUGGGUCACUUUCUUGGAUGGGUAUUGUCAGUGGCAUUGUAAAGAAAAAUUGGGGGAGCUGCAUAAUAAUUUCAGAUUACAAUACCGAGGCUGUGCUGUAGGCAGUUUUAUUUAAAUCACAAACAUUACGUUUUGUACUCACAGGCUCAUAAUUUAAAAUUUAAUGUGUUGCCAAAGCUAUGUGGAAUAUUUAUGAAGUUAUUAAGUACAAUGUAUAGUAUUGAAGUAGCAGGACACUGAAACUAAGCUUUGGUUGUCAUGUAGGGUUCUAAAACUGGCAAGUAUUCAUGAAUCACAGACGUAUUGCACUAUUUGUUUAACUAACACAGAAGGCAAAUAACAUUACCCACUCAGGGUGCCACGCAGGGCUGAAAACUGACACCAGCCCUGCUACAGUCUGGCUAGUGCUGCACCAAUCCUGGAAGAUGUAAUUAAUUUAUCAAAUCUGGUAGUAUUUUGUGUUAGAAAAUGAUAGAAAAAACAAUGAAAAAAUAAUGAAUGGAAUAUAAAAGUAUAAUAUUAUUUAUUUGUAUAAAAUGAAUUAUAUGAAUGAAUCACUUAUCUGCCUGGCAAGGCUGAGACAGGGAGGUCUGCAGUCCACCAACCCUUAUGAAACAGCCACACCUGUUUAGUACCACAGCUGUUCACAUGGAUGGUAACGGUAUGUGAUAUUAUUAGGUUGAGGUUCUUAAAAGAUUGUAGUGCAGAACUUGGAUAUAGUACAUGUGUAUUAGUUAUUAUGCAUGUGAUACUUGUACCUUACCAGUAACUAAAUAUCAAUGAAAUCAUUAUAGUUCAUCAGAUGUUAUUUUUAUACAUUCUAAGGGUAAACAUGUUAGAUGUAAGACUUCAUUUAAAUGGAAGGCCCUACUGAAUCUGUUCUUGUUAAAUGUUAUCCAUUGCAAUAACUAAAAAUUAUCAAAAUAUAUUCAGGAAUUUGAGGCAAUGCUCAUCAAAAAAAUAAAUAUCCUUGUGCAUUAAAAGGAAUAUUAAUAUAAGAUGAUUUAAUAUAAGAAGAAAAUUUAAUGAAGUAAGAAAAACAUGGCUGCAAAAACGGAAAAGUAUGGCUGAAAGAAAAGAUAAGAUACAGUAACAUGUAUGAGAUUAUAGGUCUUAGAUUUAAGGAGACCAAAAAUAACAACCAUGACAAGUAA